AUGAUGGCCAUGGGUGGGAAGGACCGGCAGGACGGGCCCAUCGACAGGGAUGCCCCAUCUGCGGAUGGUGUUCACACCGCAAACAAGCCAGAUAAGUACGACGAAGGUGACGAUCAUGACGAUCAUAACGAUCGCGACGGAGACGACUGUUAUGACGACUACAAGGGAAUCAGCUACGGAAUGAUACUGAAAAAAGUAGCGCGGAGAUCCAUAAACGACUGGAGCCUCUUUUGUGAUAGAGUGGAUAACGACAACGGAGAUAACUGUGACUACCUUAGAAGCGCCCUCAUCCAGUACUGCAGACACAUGAGGGAGUGCUUCUUAAAGCUCCUGGAGAUAAACAAAUUGAAAAAAAAUUAUAAAGAAAUUAAUGAUAUAAUUAAAAUAAUUUUAGAAUAUAAGGAAAAUUACAGAGAGCUUAAGAACAAGUAUCAGUAUGAUUUAUAUAUAUGUAAAGUAAAAAUAAUGGAUCUCCAAAUAAACGAAAGUAAUGUUCUGUGUGCCAUAGACUUAUUAUCCACAGGGAAAUACACGAGAUUCCCUCUUCUGUUCAAGGAAAUUUUAAUGAACCCGAGCGAUUCUUUCAUUCCAAACUUAGAUAUGAAUGAAAUAAACAUUUUAAAAAAACGCAUUGUGGAUGAAUUUUUAAUAAAUUAUUAUUCAUCUAAGAUACCUAAGGAUAAAGUAAACUUUAUAUUUUCUGAUGGACUCAUAGAAUUAGAUGUGGUUAAUGAGGUGAAGGUGUCUCUUAUUACCGACUUUGUUACAUGGAGUAUAGUCAAGGCGGACAUUUUCUUUUUGCGCCAGAUGAAUUUGCACUCUUCUCAUAACUUGAACCUCAUCAGAUUGGUGAGCUAUGGAGUCGUGCAGAAGAUGAACGAAAAAAUGGCGAGUCAUCAGAUGAGCGAAAAAAUGGCGGGUCAUCAGAUGAGCGAAAAAAUGGCGGGCCAUCAGAUGAGCGAAAUGGCUGAAUCGGUGGACCUGCCCCAGUUGGACGCUCCCCCUGAGGGGUAUGCCCCCUCCGAAGUUAGCGAUAUGGAGAGUUCCGAUAGUGGUGACUUUUUGCUAAAGAUAGAAGGAGACAAGAAAAUACAAAUGAAGAAAAUGUGGCAUGGAGGAAUGAAUCCCAUCGAGGAGCACUAUCACAGGGGAAGGGAAAAAAGGACGCAGACAGAGGAGACUCUACCAUUGGCAGAUGUGCUCUACGAAAUUUACAGAAUCAGUCACUUUUAUUGUACUGUACAAAUUAUGGAAUAUUUUAAAGGCUGUAUAAAUCAGUAUAACACGUUUAAAUACCCCGCGAAGAAAGUUUCUAUGUAUAAAUGCUUUUCGAAUAACACAAUAGAGAUGACUCCCUCUUGCUACAACUACAGUCUGACAGAUAAGGAUACAUCACUCCAUCUAGACAUUCAUUUGUAUGAAUUCGAAUUCACCAAAGGAAUGUAUGAGUGCUUUGAGAAAAUACCCCUACUAGAUCAAUAUACUAAAAAAAAAAUGAUCCUCAAGUUUGUCCUAAACAAUGAAAAUGGGGAUAUAAAAAUGUUUCUGUGGCCAUUUAGUUUUUUUAAAAAAGGAGAAAAGGAAAAUUUUUUUACAAAUGACAUUUUAUCGCACUAUGAAUUUGUCUACUGUGGUGCAUUACAGAGAAGGAUGAAAAAUCUGUUCAUUUUUGAUUCGGCUCAUAUUCACCUGGAGAGUUGGUUAUCCCGGGUGGACAAUUGUGUAACGCGUUUUUUGUUUUCUAUUUUAAAGGCAUUCAGCACAUCCGAGGGGGAGUCACUCCAUGGGGUAUGUAACACCGAUCACCUCAAAAGUAGCGAGACCUCUUUCGAAAAUAACGCAAUUGGUGUGCAUGAGUUGAUACAAGAUUACUUCUUCCAUUUGGGAUACAUCCGUAUGGAGGUGCGUUGUAAGGACAGCUUAACGGAUGGUGAAAGGAACAACGGGAAAAGCAACAACCGGGGAGACGUCAAAGGGAGAGUGCCGACUUUGCAAAAUCGCAUUAAAACAGUGCUCGUGAGGAAGAAAAACGGAAACCCAUUUUUCCUUCUCCGUUACACCUUCUACGAACAGAAAAUCAACCUCUUCUUAAGUAGACAAAGUGAAAAAUUCACCUUCAUAUGCCACUGGAAGAGCAAAGCUUUUAUCGACAUGAUCAGUCUCCACUACGACCUUAAGCUGAUUAUAUAUGUCGUAUACCUCCUGAAACGAUUCUCUCUAUACGUCUACAUGUACAAAGAAUUGCAAGAAAGAUUUCUGAAUAUAAAUGCAGGAAGGGUCUUUACCUACGAGCUAGACAAGGAUAAAUUUUGUUCCAAUUUUUUUGUAGAAAAAUUAAAACUCCAUGACCUCUUAAAGAAAUACAACUACUCAGCAAAUAUUGUUUUGACGAAAUUCCUGCAGAGCUUUCUUUCCUUUAUCGAUUUUUAUUUUUAUCUUCCGUGUGAUGAGGAAGUGGACGGGUCCAUCGAUGGGGGGGAUGCAUCAAAAGGAACAACAUUUGAGAAGGCUCUUCGGAAAUUGGUGCAAGUGUCUGGGGGUGAAAAGUCAGACAAAUGGUCUCACUCGCAGGGGAAUUCUCACCUAGGAAGAAGAACACCUAGCGAGGCAAAUCGCAUUGACAACUUGCAAGGAAUUAAUCUUGAUGAGUCCAAUUUUAGCGAAACUGUCCCCCUACAGAAACACGAGGGCAGUGGAUAUAAUGAAGAGACCCCCCAGGAGGAGAAGAAGAGUUCUCAACCCCAAGAUCCCUUCCGUCAAAACUUCUUCUCACUCUUCUACUUCACCAUCUACACAUAUGAUCACACCCCCCUGUUGCUUAUCCUGUUGAUUGAAAAAGAUUGCAUAUACAAAACGUACAUUGUUAUAUCUGAUAGUAAGGGAGGAAGUUUAGGGAUACACAAUCUACGUAGCGAAGAAGGGAAGAGCAAGAAGGGGUACUUUUUUACUAUUCCAGUGAUACAUAGGAGCUACCCUAUUGGAAGUCACCUCGAAGAUUAUCUGGACGGUGUACGGGAUAUGGUGAACCGAUUUUCAAAUUUAUUCUGUACGUUGGGAAAACUGCUACAAAUGAACUCUCGGUGUCCCGUUUUUUGCAGUCGUUUUUGUGUAAACCCCUCCACGGAUGGAAAAUUCAGCGGAAGGGUCGUUCAGAGUGGCGAAACUUCCCAUGCAGGGGACACAGCUCCAAGGAGUAAGUCUACACUUAAACUCGCCUCCGACCAAAUGUACGAGCGACUGAAGAAAGAGAAGAACAAGGGCUUCCUCGACCUUCAGUACUUCGUGAAUAGGAAUCAGUGGAAACGGGCCCCUCGUAGAGAAAGCGGUGAUGUCGGCCAGGAAAAACGCAACCCAACCGACGUGAACCCAAAGGAUCACGCGAAGGAGAAAUACCCAGCAGACUACAUCAAUAACUAUUUGCUCCAUUUGGAAUGUGAGCAAGACGCAGAGCAAUACUUAAAUAGGGAGUUUCUGAAUAACCAUGAAAGAAGCGAAUUCCCCAUCAUAAUAAAGGUGAAUACCUGUGGAUCUUUUUUUUUUGAAGUACCCAUUCAGCAGAAAAAACUACUCAAGAUAAGGGAUUUGGAUUUGAAGAGAAACAAGGAAGUGUCUUUCAUGUUGUCCAACGUAGCCGUAAAUGUGGAGGUAGAGCCACUGGGAGGAGAAGGGACACAGGGACCCCCGGAGGAGUGGGUGCAAAUGAAAAAAAUGUACCUACUGCUUAAGGAUGACUCCUCUUCAGCCAACAUUCUUCACCUCUUUUCAGUUAUGAAUAAAAUAUUUUCCGUGUUGAAUUUCUUCCCGGAGUUGUAUUAUCUGGAAAAAAUAAUGACCCCUGAUAUAUCCAUCCGCAUCUGUCAUUUGGCAAAUAUCAACGUUGAGUAUCACUGUGGCUUUAACAAACAAAUCACAUGUUCUGUUGUGUUAGAUAUUCUCAAUGGUGGCGACAUAACAUCCGCACAGUUGGAUGAUCCAUCUGGUGGGCUCCAUCCCGCAAAUGGCGGUCAAAAUAAAGAGCACAUCUCAAAAAGCCUAGGUGAAGGAGAUGCAAACAGCAUGACCCCCAACCGCAGGAUAGAACAAACAAGCGAUAAAGGAGAGACACUGGAAAAAUUACUUUUCUUCGAUAUAGCCGUUAACUCCCCCUUUGAAUGUAUUAAUAAAUUAUUCUCCCGAGAGAAGAAAAAGCUCUUCUUGUAUUUAAAAAAAAAAAAAAGCAUUUUCAGUUUUCUCCGAUUCUUAUUUUUAACCUUUGAAUUUCACUAUAAUUUCUACAUUCUAAUAAAUAGGACAAAUGAACACUUGAUGAAGAUUCCUUUUUUGCAUCAGGUAGAUCUUUUGCACGACAUAGAAUUUGACUAUGUUAACCUCAUGACCGUUAUGGUGACAUUAAAAUCUUUUAGAAACGAAAAGGGGGUGUUGUCUUUUUAUGUAAUUUUGCACCCAGAGGAUUUCUCCAAAAUUGUCAUCAUCCCGCAUUACAGGGACACAUCUUUGAGCAGACAUCAAAGAAGGGAGAUCUCAGUAAAAAAUUUCUUCAAAAGGGGGAAACGGCAGGUGGGAUCUUAUCCGCGACGGGAUGAUAAAGGAAAAUAUACGAAUGAGGAGAAGAGAGGGAUCAUACAGCAGAGACAAGCGCCUACAAACAAUAUUCCAGGAAUGUUGAGCUCGUCGUCUCCUCAUUUGGAAAAUGGGAAGGGUAUCCAGUAUAGUGAUAGGCAUGCCGAUCAGUGUGGAGAUCAACAUGGAUCCUCACCCAAGAAGAGCCCAUUGAACCACCCAAACGAAAAUGACACAACCACAGUGGAAGGAACCUUUCUAAAAAAUGGAGUGCCUUCCAACACAAAGGAAAGCGGCAUACUCAUCGACCACCUGGAUGAGGAAGACCUAUUUAUCUAUCUCUUUUCCCAUUUUUGCGAUAUUAUAAAUUUGAAAAGGGUAAACCAGUCUACCAUCUAUACUCCGAGUGGAGAUCUCCAUAGUGGUCACGUAAAUCCACAACGAGAUAGUAGUAACCCUUUGGAAGGAAUAGAAUAUGUUUCACUUGGAGAUGGAGCCAUGGAGAAUGAUGUUAAAAUUUUCGAAGAAUACGACUUGUUUAUAUUAAAUAUAAAGUACUUGUUUAAGAUGAAAAACCAGAUUGUCCUGUCGGAGGUUUUUUUCUUUCCUCCAUUUUUUCUCUACACCACGCUGUACCCUUUUGUGGAAUUUUUGAAGGCGCUAAAAUGUUGGCUUGUCUUAUUGGGUCAGAUGAAACUUCACCAUUCCGAUAUUACCUUGAUGUUGUCUGAUAUAGGCGAUGUUUUUCAGCACGUAACUGCGGUUAGGAGGAGGUGUCCUCCGGCGACUGUUCUCGAAGGGGACGCCCUAACGGGGGGAAAGCUCCCUGCGGUGGAUAGCCCUCGAGGUGCGAACCAAAAGGCAAACACCAACUCAAACGCGAACCAAAAGGCAAACGCGAACUCAAACGCUAACCAAAAGGCAAACGCGAACUCAAACGCAAAUGUGGAAAUGCAGAGCGGACAGGGGGGGGCGCCCUCCCAGGGUCACACAAAAGGACACCGCCAUGAUAAUGAAAUAGUUGUGCACCUUGUGUGGUUCCUUUACAGCACCAAGGAUUUGUACGUCGACACCACAUCCCCCGAAGAGGGGAAAACGUGCAAGAGGAGUUAUUCAGCCAUAUUGGGUGACUCCAAGGAGGUGAAUCAGGAAGGUUUGCAGGCGAGUGGUGACGGAAAUAGUGUCCAUGGCAAGGACGACCAUAGUAAAGGCCAUUAUAGCAACGGAAGUGAGCAUAAGAAGGUAAAGAUUCAAGAGGAGGAUGGGGAGCACAACGCAGAAGAUAAUUUUAGGGGGGAUGAGCACCGCCUGCGUGAAGUCAUAUCAGAUGAAAUACAAAACGUGAAAUGGGAAAACGAAACAGACAAUCCAGUAGGGAAAAAAUACACACACACAACGAAUUACAUCAGCACGCCCUUUCACAUGAACCAAACAAACAUGGACAAAUUGAAACAUAUGAUCAAUGCAUAUUCCCAUUUCAACGAUGACAUUUUUUUAAAAAAAAAAUAUCAAAAAAUAUGGUUAGGGGAGAAUUUUAUCCAGAGGGCAUAUGCGCUUCGAAUUGUGGAGCCCCAAAAUGCAUAUCCCCCAUACAAAGAGGGAAAACUGUGGAAUCCAUUAGGGGAGGAAGGAAAAAGUGAGAAUAUCGGGAACGACCAUCACGAGGAUGAUGCUCUUAAGAAGAUGAACACAUACAAAGUAACGACCAACUGUAGGGAAACACAAAACGAUUGUGAAAAUAUGUUCUUUUUUAAUAGGGAAAAAAUACAACUUGGAUUCAUGGAGAAAGGGAGAAGGUCUGCCUCGUCAGGAGAAAACAUGUACAAAGGGGAUAUGCACUACUGGACGAAUUCAGUUGGAAUAUAUUUCGAAAAUGUUGGAGAGAGUGUGGAUGAGGAGGACUGUUGGUUUUAUCGAAGUAGGGGAAAAGUGCCCACACGGGAUGGGCAAGUAGUAGAUAACCACGGUGGUGUGAAAAAGACGAGGAAAUUCAUUCUGGAAGAACAAAACAUACUGAAAGAAAACUCCAAAAUUAAUUCAGCGCUGAAUAUAAUUUACAACUAUGCUAGAAUAUGGCUCCUAAAGAUGAAUCACUCUAAUGUUAUUUCCUUUUUUCGCAUCGUGAAUGAGAUAAUAUUCGAUAAGAAGAAUAUAUGUGAGUUGUCUUCUCUGUUGUUCAACUCCGUUUUGUCUUACCGAGAGCAUUUAACCUUUUGGAUGUUUAGAACCACAGAAGGUGUAUCAAUGCCAUUUGUUGAAAUGGAGUUUGUACCUGAUGAGGGGGUUGAUGAACUGAUUGCCGUGGCGGGUGAGAAAAAGAGGACCUCCAUUUUCCGCAAUAAGUGGAUCGAAGUGGCUGUUCCUGUGGAGGAAGCGGUAUACGGUGGUUAUCUCGUGGAAGGAGAAAGGAAAAGAGGGGUUAUGGCUAACCUGAAUGGUGAGGAAACCCAUACAGGUGGUGAUCUGCCAACUCCAAGCAGAGGUAACCAAAUUAUCACCACGGGAGGAGGUAAUGAUGGUAAAGGAAGUAAUUUCCAUCCCAUCCCCGCAACAGAAAAAACGAUUAACAUAAUUUACAAAAUAUGGAAAUAUAUGCCCGCCCCUUUUAAAAAAAAAAUAUAUGAACAGGAGGUUAAAGACAUUAUGGGGGGAGCGAACGAAAGCGUGACACUCACGUUUAAAAUAUCAUCAGUGCUACCAAUUAAAAACUUAAAGGAGGUGCACAUAAAUGACGAACCAUUCGUGAAAUUUUUGGUGAGGCACAAAAUCGACUUAAAUGUCGCUCACCAGAGGGUGAUGACCAUUUUGCAGAAAUACAACCUUAUGGCAAACUACUCCCUCGUUGCCACGCAGACCGUCCUCCACCGCUCCACCUUCGAAUUGUUGCUCAAGGGGAAGAACAACGACGGUGGGUGA